AUGAGAGCGGAAAGCUUGAUGGGAGAGAUCCUUGUCUCCCAGGGCAAGCAACAGGAAGGAGAGUCCGUGUGUGCCAAUGUCCUCGCCCGGCAGCAGAUGACGAUCGGAGAAGACGAUAUCGACACGCUGGAAACACGCCGUCGACUGGCGAACGCAUAUAGCUCCGUCGAGCGACGAGAGGAGGGCAUUGCCACCGCCGAAAAGCGUACUGAAUCCCUCAAGCGAUUGCUGGGUGAGAAUCAUAUCAAGACAUACGCCGCGGUGCUUGACACUAUCGAGUUGAUAGUAGCCAAACUCUCAAGCAGCAACGAGGCGAUGGCUAAAGCCCGGUUUCACACGGGUACGGAAGACAUAGUCAAUGUGGUCCAAGAGGCAUCCCGGGAGAUGAACAACUUACUGGGCCCUCAUCACCCACUUUCCAUUCGAAGUCUCCGGCUGCUUGGUGCAUGCCAGAUCUUUACUUCGGGCGGACUUACAGAGCCAUCGGAAACGCUACGACGAGCGCUCGCCACCGCUGAAGAAAACCUCGGUUCAGACAACCCCGAAACCAUUCAAAUCGUGGUUUACAUGGGUUUAAUGUACGCCAAACAGAGCAACCCAUAUAGUUACUUAGUCUCCCAGCAAAACCUCGAGCUGGCUAUGCCUUGGUUCCGACGAUAUCUGGACUGGGCCAAAAGCAGGGAUAUCUUGAGUAGUCCCGAUCCCCAGGCGAUCUUGGGCAUGAUAGCCAAUAUGUACAUGGGCAAGAGGGAUUAUCAACAGGCACAGAAUUACUACGAGCAGCUCGUCACUGCAUGUCAGAAGGGGAACAUCCCGGUUCCAGCCGACGUGCAAAACAUGCUACAGCUGUGUCGGAUGAACACCAGAUUGAUGUCGCCUUACACAUCUUCAUCGGGAUUUGAAUCACUUCUCUCCUCCUUUAAACGAUUAUAG